GCGCCUUCGGGCGGCCGUGGGCACGCACGGACGGAUAGACAUCCACCCACCCAUCCACCGGCGCCAUGGCGAGCCCCUGCGUGGAGCUGAGCAACAAGAUGAAGAUGCCCAUCCUGGGGCUGGGCACUUGGCAGGCUCCUCCAGGAAAGGUGGAAGAGGUGGUGAAGUUUGCUAUUGAUGCAGGCUACCGCCUCUUAGACUGCGCCUACUUCUACCAGAAUGAAAAUGAAAUAGGGAAUGCAGUCCAGCAGAAGAUCAAGGAGGGGGCUGUGAAACGGGAAGACCUCUUCAUUGUUACUAAGUUGUGGAACACAUUUCAUGAGAAGUCCCUGGUUAAGGUAGCAUGCAAGAAGAGCCUCGCCGCACUGCAGCUGGACUACCUUGACCUCUACCUGAUGCACUUCCCUAUGGGAUUCAAGGCUGGUGACGAACUUCAUCCUCUGGAUGACAAGGGCAUGAGCAUCCCCAGCGAUACAGAUUUUCUGGACACAUGGGAGGCCAUGGAAGAGCUGGUGGACUGUGGUCUGGUAAAAGCCAUUGGUGUCUCCAACUUUAACCACGAGCAGAUUGAAAGAAUCUUGAACAAGCCGGGACUAAAAUACAAGCCGGUAAACAACCAGAUCGAAUGUCAUCCGUACCUAACCCAGGAGAAGCUGAUCAAGUACUGUCAGUCCAAAGGGAUUGCCGUGACAGCGUACAGCCCCCUUGGCUCUCCUAACCGCCCAUGGGCCAAGCCAGGGGAUCCUCUGCUGCUGGAUGAUCCCAAGAUUAAAGAGAUUGCAGUGAGACAUCAUAAAACCCCUGCCCAGGUUCUGCUCCGGUUUCUUAUCCAAAGAGAUGUGAUUGUCAUUCCCAAGUCUGACAAACCACAGCGUGUUGAGGAAAACAUCAAGGUGUUUGACUUUGAACUGUCUAAAAAGGAGAUGGACGUCAUCCUCAGCUUUAACAGGAACUGGAGAGCGGUUCCAGUGCUCCAGUAUGUUUCUUAUUAUCCUUAUUAUCCAAUAGGCAUAUCUCUAUCUGUGUUUUCAUCCCCCAUAUCUUGAAAACAUACAUGACCACAACCAGGGAGAGCUCAUAUCUUAAACUCUGGAUGCCAGGUAACGAGACAUGUCCUGGAACUGACGUCAGGAGGGAGAUUCAUUCAGGGCUUUCCCUUCAGCACAUGCCUGUUCAUAAGCCUGUGGUCAAACUAAUGACAGCAGCAAAACUUGAGUACCUUGGCAGUGGGGGAGGGAGACUGCAGGAGGGAAAUGCUGCUGAAGAUACUUUCUACAAUACUUA